AUGUUUUCCCGAACAGCCUUUGCGGCAUUCCGCCCGAUCUCGCGGCCAACCUCCGUCCUGCGCCCAACCCCGGCCUUCCGCCUGCCCUCCGUCCUCCAAGCCCGUCUGCUAUCCUCCGAAACUAAGGCGGCAAUCGAUAAGGCCGUGGGCUCUGCGCCCGUCGUGCUGUUCAUGAAGGGCACUCCCGAGACGCCGCAGUGCGGUUUCUCUCGCGCCAGCAUCCAGAUCCUGGGUCUGCAGGGCGUGGAUCCCAAGAAGUUUGUCGCGUUUAACGUCCUCGAAGACCCAGAGCUGCGUCAAGGGGUGAAGGAAUACUCCGACUGGCCGACUAUCCCGCAAUUAUACCUGGACAAGGAGUUCGUCGGCGGAUGCGAUAUCCUGAUGUCCAUGCACCAGAACGGCGAGCUCGCCAAGAUGCUCGAGGGCAAGGGCGUUCUGGUCGCGGCGGAUCAAUAA